AAACGAAUCAAUCGAGUGCAACACCGCUACUAUGUAGACGAUAGAGCACUGUAAUAAAGACUACCAACAACAGACGCUCAAGAGAAAAACCUUCGUUUCUUUUGCAAAAUAAACCAAAACAACCAGUUGUUUCGUUCUGACCGAUUUUGGAGUUGCAUGUUUUUGUUUAUUUUGUGGGAUUAUCAGUUUGUGUGGUGGAAAACGACUUAAAUCAAGUGCCGAGCCCGAAAUUGGUUAGCGUCUUACGACAAAGAAUUUGGCGGGCUCUAUUUUCUAAUCAAAUUUUUCACUGAAAUGGCUGACCGUGCCGAUGUCGCCGAAGUCUUCGACGAUGCUAUUGAAGAAAGAGUCAUCAACGAGGAGUACAAGAUAUGGAAGAAGAAUACGCCAUUCCUUUACGAUCUCGUCAUGACGCAUGCAUUGGAAUGGCCUUCACUUACCGCUCAAUGGUUGCCCGAUGUCACUAAGCCAGAAGGCAAGGACUUUUCCGUGCAUCGACUCAUUCUGGGUACACACACGUCGGAUGAGCAAAAUCAUCUACUUAUCGCCAGUGUUCAAUUGCCGAACGAAGACGCACAGUUCGAUGCGAGUCAUUACGACAACGAGAAGGGAGAGUUCGGCGGUUUCGGUUCUGUGUCCGGGAAAAUUGAAAUCGAAAUCAAAAUCAACCACGAGGGCGAAGUGAAUCGAGCCCGAUACAUGCCACAAAAUCCGUGCGUCAUUGCAACAAAGACUCCGUCAAGUGAUGUGCUUGUAUUUGACUAUACGAAGCACCCGAGUAAGCCCGAACCAAGCGGUGAAUGUCAUCCAGACUUACGGCUACGGGGUCAUCAGAAAGAAGGCUACGGCCUCUCAUGGAAUCCAAAUCUAAAUGGUUACUUGCUGUCAGCCAGUGACGAUCACACUAUUUGCUUGUGGGACAUAAAUGCGACACCAAAGGAACAUCGCGUUAUCGAUGCUAAGAAUAUCUUUACCGGUCACACAGCCGUCGUCGAAGAUGUUGCAUGGCAUUUAUUGCACGAAUCGUUGUUCGGUUCGGUGGCUGACGAUCAAAAGCUCAUGAUUUGGGAUACACGGUGCAACAACACGUCGAAACCAUCGCAUACCGUCGACGCCCACACUGCCGAAGUGAACUGUUUGAGCUUCAAUCCGUACUCGGAAUUCAUUUUAGCCACCGGAUCGGCCGACAAAACUGUUGCUCUGUGGGAUUUAAGGAAUUUGAAACUGAAACUACACUCGUUCGAGUCGCACAAAGAUGAAAUCUUUCAGGUGCAAUGGUCGCCGCAUAAUGAAACGAUUCUGGCAUCGAGCGGAACGGAUCGUCGUUUGCAUGUGUGGGACUUGUCGAAGAUCGGUGAAGAACAAAGUUCAGAGGAUGCUGAAGAUGGACCACCGGAACUGUUGUUCAUUCAUGGCGGGCAUACGGCUAAAAUUUCCGACUUUUCGUGGAAUCCAAAUGAACCGUGGGUAAUAUGUUCUGUUUCGGAGGAUAAUAUCAUGCAGGUAUGGCAGAUGGCCGAAAACAUUUACAACGACGAAGAACCGGAAAUUCCAGCGUCCGAACUCGAACCAAUUGCAACUUAAAUUAUUGACCUCUUUGAAAUAUGGUAAUCAAAAUAAAAUGAACUCUCCGUUAAUUUCCAAUAAAAUUUAA